CACUGAAACCUCGGGAGGAGGGUCAUCUCGGCGAUUUUGAUCGCAUUGGGGCACAUUUGUGAUUUGUGCAAAAUUCACUCUCUCUUCACGCAUUGUUAUUGGCGGUUAAUGAAAACCCUACCAAAACUCCUUUCGCUUGUCUUCCAAGCGGCAAGCGGAGGCUGCGGAGUUUUCUCAACUUUGAUUUUUGGUGCCUUCCGUCUGUAGAGCAUCUGCUGGAACUAUGGCGAACGAUGAGAAGACCGAAGUGGAGGAUUUGAAGCCGAAGAAAAAUGCAAAUAAGAGAAAACGUAAAGAGUUCGCUAUCUACGGAAAUUACAGAAAUUACUAUGGUUAUCGUAUUGGUCAGAACUUACAGGAAGAUCCUCGACUAUCGGUCUUGAGGAAGGAAUGGUUUGAAGACAAGGAAUGCCUUGAUAUUGGCUGCAACCAGGGUUUGAUAACAAUCAGUAUAGCCAAAAAAUUUUGUUGUCGAAGAAUCCUUGGAAUAGACAUUGAUGGUGGUUUAAUUGAGUCUGCAUGUUGGAACCUUAGAAGAACUGUUCAAAUGGAAAAAUCCAGUAUCCAAUUCUCAAAUAGUAGACAGUCUGAGCAUUCAGAGGGAUCAAAUGGUAUAGAGAAUGGUGUUAGUGCAUCUUUAAAUGGAGGAACGAUGAAUCAUCCAAAUUCUUCAUUGUCCUCAGAGGAGAAAAGUCUGUCUGACAUAAUCUCUUUCCGUAAAGAAAAUAUUAUUAAAAGAUGUCAUGGUCACUCAGAGGAAUACGAUACAAUUCUUUGUUUAAGUGUAACAAAAUGGAUCCAUCUAAAUUGGGGUGAUGAAGGACUAAUUACAUUAUUUUCGGAGAUCUGGAGACUUCUUCGUCCGGGUGGCAUUCUUGUGUUGGAACCUCAACCUUGGAAAUCAUAUCAAAGCAACCGUUUGGUUUCUGAGGAAGCAUUGUUCAAUUAUCAUCGUGUUCUGUUCCGUCCAUCUCGUUUUCAGGAAAUACUUCUGGACAAGAUAGGGUUUAGGACAGUGGAGGAUGUUACUGUCAGUUUACCAGGCUGCACCACUGGGUUUGACAGACCAAUUUUAGCAUUCUGCAAAUGAAUUCAUUUAGGAGGUGAUGAGGAAAUAUUCGAACCAUAUUUUACUUUUACUGUAUGCCUGAUUGAUUAGUCCUUGGUUGGAAAUAGUGGUGAGAUAUUUCUUUGGACCAAGAAAGAAGAUCUUGAGUACAACUUUUGAUCGACAGCUGUUUUGAGUUUGAUUGUUGCUGAACCCAACCCAAGCAUUUCAUUUUGCACUUGGUGGUUGAGGAAUUUAAAUGACCCAAAGCCAUUCCUAUGGCACUUGAUAAGUUCACUUAAUCAAAGCAGCGAGGUAAUCUUUAUACUGGGUGAAAACAUGAUGUAUAGUACCCCAACAAUUUGACUGGAGAAUUCCCAUUUCUUGUAAAAUGUAGCCAAUGACUGCUGAAAAUUGGUGUACAUAUGAUGUAUCCGUGUAUCUUUAUCUUGAUUUUAUUACGUGUAACUGAAAACAUGUCAGCCAAAGCUCGAUGGCUGUAACAGUCUUGGCACAUAAUUUAGGAAAGCUGUGCGUACUGCUUAAUAUUUUUGAUUAGUGGAUUCCUUUUCUAUCAUUGCUUGUGUAAGAACACGUAGAUAAAAGGAUGAAACAGAAAACUUUAAAUGUA